CGGCCGCCGACAACGCCAUCUGUAAAUAGUAAUCAGAUGGUCCUUGUAAAUACAGGGUACGUACUACCUUUUUGGCCUUACAGUUUCAGGUAUUAAGGCAUGAGACGGCAUGGAGCCCCUAGGAGUUAAUCCCCAAAUAGUGGACGUGUGGUCCCUGCCAACAUGGGGAGCAACAAAGACGGGCACUCCUCCUCUACUCCCUCCACAGCCCACACCCAACCACACCACGCCUCCCUUCUCAGUCAACAAAGUUCUCAAUAACAAAAUAUGCCUCUGGCCAGGUGAUAUUACUCGUCUGAAUGCUGAGGGAAUUGUCCACAGCACUAAUGAAUCACUCAAUGAUCGUAAUGGCUACAGCGAAAGGCUACUGUUCAAAGCUGGACCUGAAUUGAAGAAUGAGCUUUAUAAUAAUGUUAAGAACUGCAAGACAGGGGAAGUACGCGUAACUGAUGGCUACAAACUCGCUGCCCGCUACAUCCUCCACACAGUUGGUCCGCGCUACAAUAUCAAAUACCAGACUGCUGCUGAGAGUGCCCUACACAAUUGCUACAGACGAACUUUACAAUGUGCACUGGAGAAGAAAAUGCGUUCUUUGGCAUUAUGUGUGAUCAACUCUGUGAGAAGAGGUUAUCCUCCAGACCAAGGAGCUCAUAUUGCUUUACGUACAGUAAGGCGAUUUUUGGAGCAUUGGGGACAAAGUGUGGAAAGGGUGAUCUUUGUUGCUGACAGCAUUGAUGUUAGUAUUUAUGAGAUUUUGAUGCCCCUCUACUUCCCGAGAUCUUCAGAAGAAGAAGAAUGUAGUCGUUACCUCUUGCCUACUGAUCUUGGAGAUGAAUACGGGGAACCUGUCAUUCCUGACCGCCAGAUCCGCAUCAUUGAUAAUCCCCAACAUAAAUAUGAAGACCUGAUACAAAUGAAACGAGAUGUGGAUGACUCGGCAGACUUGGCUACACAGUUCCAAUCAUCCGUGAGCAUUGGAGAUCAUGCUUUCUCCCAGAUGGAGGAAGACAUAGACAAGCAGCGUCUUCUAGGUGGUCAGCCAUCAUAUGCCACAGCUGAUCCAGAGACUGCCUCUAUGACCUCUGACCUCCAGCACAAGCAGAGGUAUGAGCGUCUGUUGCGGCGGGCCAAAAACGAGGACCUGAGUGAAGUGUCUGGGAUUGGUUGUCUGUACAAGUGUGGUGUGGACAAAUUUGGACGGCCUGUGGUCAUAUUCAUUGGCAAAUGGUUUAAAUUCAAUGAAAUAAAUUUGGAUAAGGCUCUAUUAUACCUAAUCCACUUGCUGGACCCACUUGUGCGAGGAGACUAUGUGGUCAUCUACUUCCACACCAUCACAGGGACAGAAAACCAUCCAUCCCUCUCCUGGAUCAGACAGGUCUACGAAGUUCUUGAGUACAAGUACAAGAAACACCUAAAAGCAUUUUACAUCGUUCACCCCACCUUGUGGACCAAGAUAAUGACCUGGUGGUUUACAACUUUUAUGGCACCACAGAUAAAGCACAAGGUUCACUCAGUACCAGGUGUGGAAUACUUGUAUGACAUUAUUGACCCAGAUCAGCUAGAAAUACCAGCCUACAUCACCGAACAUGACAUGACGAUCAAUGGGAUUCGCUACUACAGGCCUGGAUCUGCAUCAUCUUGAAGAGCUUUAAUAACCAAGCAGACAUGAAUACUGUAUUAUCUUUGCAAGGUUAAGAGAAUUCAGGAAGAGUAAUGCAGAUAAUUGUAUUAUUCAUUUUUUUCUUUGAUGACUGAAGAACUGUUAGGAAUGAUUCAUAGUUAGUGACAGUUGAAUUUUGAUUUAUUCAACUCAACAGCAAUACUGUACUAAAGAGGUAUGUCUCAUCAUGCUGAGCUUGAAAAUAACCCUAAUUUACCAUAUCCUAUUCUCUAGGUAUUGCCAUACCUUCCUUAAGUUGUGGCCUUAUUUUCAAAAGUUAGAAUGUUGUAAGAUCUCAAGCAAGAGUGUUUACAAACCUGGGCAUUCAUCUGAAAUAGCAUAUAAGUCUUGGGAUAAUGAGUUACAAUCAAAAAGGGAAUAUCUGACAUAUGAAUUACCUCAAAAUUCUCCCUUUCGUAAAUAUGGCUACACAAAAUGUUACAGGAAGAUCUAAUGCUCAAUAUCUCUGUAGAAAUAAUUUCUGUCUUGUUCUUUGUACUUCCCAAGUAAUAUUACUGCUUUGUUCAGGAUGUACACACCAGAACAAUCAGACAAAACAUCAGAAUUUGGAUGUAAAUGAACAUAUCUUGGUAGAUGCUGUGAUUUUAUUUUCUGCUACUCCAUAAUGGGGGUCACGGCCUCAAGUACUGCAAGCAUAUUUACUGAUACAAGGUUCACUUGCAAGGCAUUUUAUUGUGCAGUUCAGCUGACAAUGUCUUAAUAGUUUUUAGAGUUAUUUAUGAAAGCAUUUCAUCAAUCAAGGUAAUAGUUUUUCCUAUAUCUAUACAGUACGUAGUUAUGUUUUUAGACUGCACUGUACAAAAGGAUAUUUCAACGCUGAUUGCAGCUUCAAUAGGCACGGAGGUAUACUAUUACAAUUAUUCUUUUUAAGAAGGGCUUACCGUAUAUGUUGAAAUCUUUUGGUAUGCUGGAUAUAAAGGCCUAGUUUAGUAAAUUGGAGAAAUAAUUCUAAUAAUUAUACUGAACCACAAAUUUAAUGACUGUGCUUGAGUUGGUUCUUGGGUUAGUAAAAUAACAGCUGUAAGGAACUUAAAAUGUAUAUCAAGGAGCAGGUAAGUUGAGAUACUGAAUUAGAUUUCAAGGAAUUUUCCUGAUUCUUGUACAGUAGUAUAUUAUAAUGGAUUGAUUUUUUUUUAAGCCAGGACAAAUAAAAUGUCAUACUUGAAGGAGAUUUGCAGGUUAUAUGUGGUUAUUUUUACCUCUUUAUAUACUUGCUGUGCCAAACUGUUAAGGCUAUUGUUAUUACACAGAAGCAUUAUGUUAGAAAUGAGAAAAUAUUCACUGUACAUAAUUCCAGGGAAAAUAUCAUGACUAGAAUAUUCAGUAAUUUUUUAAGCACACAAAUUGAAGAUUGUCCUUACUAAAGUUACAAGAGUAAAAGUUUAAAACGAAUAAAAAAA